AUGAAUCCUGAAAGCAAAAUCUUGGCGCUCAAGGGUCAGUUCGCUGCUACAGAAGUUCGUGCUUACAUUCUCAACAUCGAGGCUAGGGCUAAAAUCAAAUCGUAUCGGAUGCCAGAGGAGGUUGUGUACUGGAAGUGGAUCUCCAACAAAGUCCUCGGCCUCGUAACGCUGACAUCUGUUUACCACUGGUCGAUCGAAGGAGAGGGAGCGCCUGUUAAGAUGUUUGAGCGUGCAGCAAAUUUGAACGGUAAUCAGAUAAUCAACUACCGGAGUGAUCCCUCUGUCAAAUUUCUUGCUUUGAUCGGCAUCGCCCCUGGUGCUCCUGAGCGUCCACAACUCGUCAAGGGAAAUAUGCAGCUCUUUUCCGUGGAUGAGCAAAAGAGUCAGGCAUUGGAAGCGCACGUAGCUGCGUUUGCCUCUGUGAAGGUCUCUGAAACGACACUCCUUCCCUUGUCAUUGCGUUUGCCGCCAAGACUAUCGCUGGCGGACAGCUCAUUUCGAGGAUGCAUAUUAUUGAGCUUGGUGCUCAGCCAGGUCAGCGAAUCUCUAUUUUCUUUUGGCGUGGUGAUGCUGGUGGUUCUAACGGGGCACAAGGCUGUGCUUGUUAUAGAGGACGAUCACGUCAAUAUCAAGAGAUGGGUAGCCCCACUGGUGAUCUCAGGAGCAGUGGCAGAAUUCAAGGACCCUCACUUGGAAGCACCGGAUGAUGUGGUGCUGCGCUUGGCUCGCCUUGCCCUCUCGUGCACUGCUCUGCCUGGGGUUUUCCGUCCCUCCAUGCUCCAAGUGCUGGCUGAGCUGGUGAGGAUAAAGCAGGAGACGUUUGGGGUGCAGGUGAGCGCGGAGGUUUCUGGCAUCGACACGGAAAUUGGAGGUUCUGAUGGCCCCUUGGACUUCAGUGCUGAAAUGGCCCGUGCGAUGCGAGAGGCUGUUAGUGGCUCCUCAACUAGAAUGCCGUAG